CAAAUAUUCAUCGAUUUUGAUAAUUAAAUAAAAAUAAUUGUUUAUUGUGUUAAUUAAUUGAAUAGAAUUGUUUUAAAAUAAUUGUUAAAUAUGUUGGAAAAUCAGGAAGUAAACUUGUUAACAAAAGAUUAUAAUAAUAUUGUUACAAUACCAAUUGAGGUUAAUAAAAGUAAUACGGAAUAUCACAAUGUAGAAGUAAUACUAUCAGAUGGUACAGUGUGUCUUUUAAAUCAGUAUGAUUCUAUGAACAUAUUACAGCAAGAUGAUAUUUUUUCGAACAUUGAGUUUAUUGAACAGCCCAAAACAAAGAAUGUUCGAACAAUUUUGUUACCUCCACCAAAUAAACAGAAAGAACCUCCUCCUCUUAAACCACUGGCACCAAAAACAAACAAUGUGGUGUUCAAAUGCAUUAAAUGCGAUGAGGAGUUCAAUACAAUUGGGCAAUACAGAAAGCACAUGGGUUGGCAUAAGACGGAGAGAAAGUUCAAGUGUACAAAGUGUUCAUCUGGUUUUAAUGUCGAGAGUAACUUUAAAAUCCACAUGGCUAUGCACGGAGAAGGCCGACCAACAUGCCCCAUUUGCAACUUAAAGUUUCAAAGAUCAGCCAGCUUGAAAUCGCAUUUGCUAAUACAUCAAGUGGAGGAAACAUAUUUUUGCGAUGAGUGCAAAGCAGAGUUUGAUAAGGAAGAAGAAUUAAUUAAACAUUUGGAAGUGCAUGCUACAAGCGUGUCAGCAGAAAGUAAGGCAUUAAUAUGUUCAUAUUGCAAACUUGAAUUCGAUAAUUUUUCCAAGCUGAAAGAGCACAUUUCACAUCAUAUUAAAGCUAAGAGGUUGCUGAAUAAAAGAAAAAGGGCGAAGAAAAAAACUAAAAAAGAUGGCAAAUUCGUUUGUGAUCUAUGUAACAAGGGUUUUAUAAAGCAAUCUUUAUUGGAGAGGCAUGAAAGAAUACAUACUGGAAUAAGGCCUUAUGUGUGCAAUUUAUGUCAUAAAAGUUUUACACAAAGUGGAACACUUCAAAUACAUUUAAAAAGGCAUGAAGGUAUUCGACCAUAUGAAUGUACUUUAUGCCCUGCUAAAUUUGGACAAAAAGGAAACUUAAAAGUUCAUAUUCAAAAAACACAUACUGCUUCGUCAGCAAACGAAACUAAAUACAAGUGUUUUCAUUGUUCUUGUAUUUUUAAGAAGAUUUCCUCAUUAAAUGCACACAUGACUAAAUUGCAUACAAAAGCAGAUGGAAGUGAUUCUGUGAUUCAUGCCACCAUGGAUCAGUUAAAAAAAUUGGAAAAACAUACUGAAAGUCAUUGGAAUGAAGCAAACCUCAUAUCACAAGGAUCAAUAAAAACCGUUAAUUUCCAUGAUGGUAGGGAUGAUUUUGGUUAUUUAACAACCGACGAAUCUUCUAUUAAAGUUCCUGAUUUGGUACAUCAAAACGAUUUGAGGAAAUUUUUGGUCAGGCAAAGAAAAAUUGGCGAUACUAGGUUUUAUUUUUGUAAUUAUUGCAUGAAGAAGUUUAAAAAACCUUCAGAUUUAAUAAGGCAUAUUAGGAUACACACCAAAGAAAAGCCCUUCAAGUGUAAAGUAUGUAAUGCAAGUUUUUCUCUAAAAUCAACACUCCUCACUCAUUCCAAAAGACAUCAAUUAAAAAGAGAAUACAUCUGUCCUAUAUGCAAUGGUUCAUUCUCCAAUUUGCAAAAGAUAACAAUUCACUUAAGGAGACACAAUGUUCAAUCUCCCUCUUACAGUUGCAAACAAUGCGAUAAAACUUUCCAAAGCUAUGCAGACGCAGAGAAUCAUAGCCGUUUGUAUGAAAAAAACGAAAAGCAUUUAGUUGUUCCGCUAUUUAAACCGGCAACACCGCCUCCUUACAACAAUAACACAAGCGUUUUAAAGCCCAGGGUUGAAGCUCCAGAAGAAGUAAACGUUAAAAAAGUUUUUCAGUGCUCCAUUUGUUUGGCAAAAUUUUCAAGGGUCAUAAAUUACAAAAAACACUUGCAAUUACAUCAAGAGAAGAAGACUACCUGCAGAAUUUGCACCAAAUCGUUCAGAACUCCGUUUAGCCUCAAUGUUCACAUGAAGUCCCAUUUGAACAUAAGAAACUACCAAUGCAACGUAUGCCCCAAAAAGUUUGUUACUGCGCAUAUUCUGAAAAGACACUCUUUGGUGCACAUGACGCAGCGACCUUUUGGGUGCUGGUACUGCGAUAAGCAUUUUAAAACGCUGCUUAUGCGCAAGCAGCACAUGAAAAGGGUACAUAAAGUCGAGGAUGUGGACAAACCAGAGUUGAACGCCAGCGAACAUAUUCCAACAACUGUAUUGGAUUUUACAGACAUGGUCAAUGAAGAGAUUCCUCUAAUUGAAAAGCCGUCAAAUCAAAUUAGCGUCAUAGCAAGUACUGUACAUUCAGAGAAUACCAAUGAAACAAAUGUUCUUCAGUUAAACUCUGAUGCUACAAAUCAACAAACAUAUUAUGAUAUACCGACUGAAACCAUACAAAUUUUAACUGAAAAUAACAGUGCAUCAUUAUUGCAAGAGCAAAAUGGACAACUGGAGACAAUUUAUAUAAAUUCUGACAAUGCUAAUGUAUACUCUGAACUCAAAUUGCAGAAUAACGACUGCCUCCUAUUGAACUCAAUAAGCGACCUACAAGAUCCCAAAAUACUUUUUAACUCGGGAACCCUGUCUUCUGAAAUAAACUACGAACCGCAGGAAAUAAUAAACGUGAAUCAGUUUUUCGCAAACACGAGCGAACAGAUCGCGCCGGAUGAGAAUCGUGAAGAGCCUAAGAAUAACGAAGGGUUGAUUUUAAAUUCGCUCCUCACCUCGAAUGUGUUGUACAACAGCAAUGUUAACUUUGCCAGCGAGGAGAGCAAUUUGCUUAAUGGCGAUUUAAUGGGUAGCGAGCAAAUGUUCGCUGAAACCGUGGCCGAGAGUGAUAAUUACGAGGAUACCAAUUAUAUAUGCGAAAAAUGUAAUAAACUGUACGCUAAUAUAAGCGACUUCAAGGAUCACGAUUGCACUGACGUGCCUGAGAAGGAAACCAAUGUUGUGCAAGAGAAAGAAGAUGAAAAUGGCGAUUCAGGUUUAAAAUGCACGGAAUGCAAUAAAACUGUGAAAACAAAAAGCGCUUUGGCCAAGCAUUCGGAAACACACUCCAAAGAGAAAAAAAGUUCCGAGUUAAAAACCUGCAGCUUUUGUCAAAAGGCGUUCAAGAAAAACUGCGAUUUGCAACGACACAUUAGAACCCACACCGGAGAAAAACCAUUCGCUUGCGACUUGUGCGACAAAAGCUUCGCCUUAAAAUCGACUUUGGCGUCUCACAAGAAAACGCACGAACCCGUCGUGACAAAAAAUUUCAACUGCUCCGUUUGCAACUCGUUUUUCGUAUCGAAGUCGACGUUAAAAAUACACAUGAACAGUCAUACAGGUAUCAGGCAACAGUUUUCUUGCAGUUUUUGCGGGUUAAAAUUUAAAACGAUGCAGAGCAAGAAUUCGCACGAAGAGAAAAAACAUAAACAACCACAGAAAGAGGAUAAACCUGUUAAUAAUAUUAGUAGGUUAUUGGCUUCGGUGGCGAACGAUUUUACUGCAAUGGAAAAUAUUGAAUUAAAUCAAAACACACAUCUACCUGAAAUAGUGACGUCAGACCUCACCCAGGAGCUAGAAGUGGUUCCAAACGACAUUCUGCAACAGUUGCAGUCCAACAACAUAAUAAUACAGAAUCCACUAAAUUUGGAUCUCCCAUCAAUAAUCCGACUGGAAGAUCUAACACUACUCAACUUCAAAACGGUGUCGGUGGAGAACCCUGAGGUACUCAGUACUGAGGACGCUACUGAAGUUCUUGCGCCGCCGCCUGUCGAGAAACCGAGGAACUUCGAGUGCGACGUUUGCCAUAAAAAAUAUACCUCCAAAGAUAUUUUGAGGAAGCACAGGAAAACUCACGGGUUGGAUAAGAACUUUUUCUGCGAUAGUUGUAAAAAAGGGUUCGAUACGCAGGUUGAGAUGGAUAAACACAAUAAGUUGCAUGUAGGGUAUAGACCUCAUUCGUGUAAAUAUUGCGCUAAUAGUUUUGCUGAUGUUAAAGGGCUUAAUGCUCACAUGAAAAGGAUUCAUAGCAAUAUUAAUGAAAUGAUUUCCGAUAAAUUUGGAAUGCAACUGGAACUUUUAGGCCAAGGUUCAAGUAAAUUAUUUUAAUAGGUUUUAAUAAUAA